UCUAUAUAUAUAUAUAUAUAUAUAUAUAUUUCCAACUCGGAUGAAUACCAAGAUGCUCGACUUUCGUUUAGAUUCGAGGUGCUUUGAGCGCUUUAUUCACGCCUCGCAUCGCACCGAUAACACCUGACCGUGCUCGAAAAUGCGUCAAACGACGGUCAAAGAUGGCUCAGAACGAGCUCUUCUGUGGAAGAUUGACUUGAUGCUCAUGCCGAUCCUGACGUUCAGCUUUGGACUGCAAUACAUGGACAAGGCCGUCCUGAACAGCGCUUCGGUCUUUGGCAUCAUCAAGGAUCUGGGACUGUCAACAACACGAGACGGGAUAACUUCAACAGCCAAGUACUCUACGGCAAACGCGGCGUUCUACUAUGGAUACAUCGUGGCGGUCCUACCUAUCGCUCUACUGGUACAGAGGCUCCCGAUCGUGAAGACCCUGUCGGCGUUCAUCUUCGUCUGGGGACUAGUGUGUAUCCUCACGGUGGUCGUCGAGGAUUAUAGAGGGCUUGUGGUGCAGAGGGUGUUUUUGGGGUUGACGGAGGCCGCAGUCUCACCCGGGUUCGUCGCCAUGACGUCGUUAUGGUACAAGAAGGACGAACAGGCUACUCGGCUGGGUAUUUGGUACGGAGCUACAGGGCUCUUUAGCAUGUUCUCAGGAGUGGUCUUUUAUGGGAUAGGACAUGCCAAGGGGUCUUUACCGGUAUGGAAAUACAUGUACAUCUUUGCAGGGUCCCUGACGAUGGCUUGGGCCUUUGUCGUCCUCCUCAUCGUCCCAGACAGCCCGACGGCCCCAGGCAGGUUCUUCCGAGGUCAAGGGGAACAGCGAUUAUUGCUAGAACGGCUCGAGAGCAACAAGACGGGCAGAGAUAGGACGCGCUUCAAGUGGAGUCAGGUGAGAGAGGCCGUGAUGGAUGUCAAGAUUUGGUUGUUCAUGACCAUGGGGGCUGCUUCGUAUAUAUGCAACGGAGGCGUCACCGCUUUCGGAGCCCGGAUCGUCAGCUCGUUCGGCUACACGCCGUUGCAGACGAUCCUCUUAUUGAUCCCCGGAGGAGCGGCUACCGUAAUAAGCUUGCUCUUCUUCGGAUGGCUGGCAGGAAGGAAGCCUGAUAUCCGGACCUACCUGAUCCCCAUCUCGUGCAUCCCUCCUAUCGCCGGGGCUGCCAUCAUCUGGAAGGCGUCUUGGGCUCAUCGUGGCUGGCCCUUGUUUGGGUACUACCUUUUGCCCACGUUCGGGACUCCUUAUGUCUUGACACUCGCCCUGAGCUCUGCUAAUGUUGCCGGGGGCACGAAGAAAGCCAUCUCGACGGGCGCCAUCUUUAUCGGAUACAACGCUGGAAAUAUCGCGGGAUCUUAUCUGGUUUUUACUCAGGAAAAACCUAUCCACUACCGAUCGACCUGGAUCGCGGUAAUCGUCUCGAUGGUAUACGUCAGUUGUGCUUCACUGCUACUCCGCUUCAUCAUGGCUCGCGAGAACAGCAGGCGGGAGGCAUCUCAUGCAGCGAACGUUCGGACCGAGGUUGGGGACAAGGCAGAUCGAAGCAAGGGCGAGUUGCUUACCGGUGGACCGUUGGCGGAAGAGAUCAGCGAUCCAGACUCGCACCAGUUCGCCGACCUGACCGACAAGGAGCAACCGGGUUUCCGAUACUCGUUGUAAAAAGGUCAAGGUCGCAUCGGCGCCUUCAAAGUCAGAACUUCAACAGGAUCCUACCAAAAAAGAAACGGCUUCGGACUCGGUUCAGGUCCGCUGAAUGGCGUCUUCCCGUGAUAGAAGCGCCUUGCGAUAUGCGUAAAUGAGAGUGAAUAUAACUAUUUGGGGGAGAAACAAGAUGUACAAUCCAAUUAUGACCCAAAAUGAGAAGAGCGCGAUAACGACUAUGAACGAGUGACGGCGAGAAUAAGAUCGCA